GUAUGUCUCUCAACAGUGGACAACUUUCUCUCCUAAUUCUCUCUAAGUUAAUUGUUCGAACUAGAGAAAUUUGGGGACAAAUAUAAAAAACCAGAUCCAAGUUGUAGCCUCGUCCAUUGUUCCCAAUUUAAAAUAAUGGCUGCUUUUCUUCGAGGACGCCAGGCAGGCAUGCAAAAUGACCUGUCUGCUGAUAUCAUCCCAGACUCAUUCAUACCGGACGAUCGCGCUCGGUAUGGGAUUAAUUCUCAGAUCAGCUGCAUUGCAUUUGAGCCUGUCCAAUCACUUCUCGCCAUUGGUACAAGUGAAUCCAAAUAUGGAAGUGGAAGGAUAUACGUUUUCGGCCAAAACCGCGUCCAGAAACUCCUUAUUCCAUCUCGAUCCUGUUCCUUUUCGGAUAUCCAGUUUACCAAAAAUCGCUUGGUAAGCCUUGAUACCAAGAGUGAGGUUGUCGUAUGGGAUUUAGAUACCGGCAACAAGAUCGUCGGCUUUCGUGUCCCAGGCGUCGUUUCUUAUAUGUUAACUGACCCCUUACUGGACUGGUGCUUUCUGGGUACGCAAACAGGGGAGAUACACACAUAUGAUCUUGACCGACAUCGCAUGGCACCAUUUCAAAUUCCUAACCUAUGGGCCGAGAAAGAUCCUAGAGCUAGAGCGGUAGCUCUGGUCUCAAUGCAGCUACACCCGCGCGACAUAGGAAAGUUGUUGAUCGCUUAUACGCAUGGCAUAGUUGUCUACUCAUUCAAGCAGAACAUUCCGACAAAGUUUUUCGAGUAUGAGGUGCCCCCAGGAGCUCCUGGAGGAUCGAAUCAAGCUGUCGAAACUAUGAGGAGGCCAAGAGUCACACAUGCAUUAUGGCAUCCCACUGGCACAUUCAUACUGACAGCUUAUGAUGAUGAGAGCUUAGUAUUCUGGGAUCCGAGAGACGGACGCAUAGUGUUAGCCCGGACUCUCUAUGAUAUCAAUAUCAACCAACCCGUGCCAAACCCAGGCUCCUCUUCGAGCGCCAAGCAUCCGUACGCUCGCAUUGCCUGGUGCUGUAAGCAGAAUCCAGAAGAUAGCGGCUUGCUCAUCGCAGGCGGCCGAAAGGUAGAGGAAUCCUCAAAUGGCCUAACAUUCAUUGACCUCGGAAUCACGCCUAAUUAUGCUACAUCGUCAUGGAAUAUUCUGUCGGACUAUCUAAAAGGUAAACGUCAGAAUACCAUAGAGACACCAGCCGGGGUCGGAAUCGCAAAUUUCUCCCUAAUUCCACGCAUAUCACCUUACUUUGCUGGUGCUCAAGACCCUAUUGCCAUUAUGACCCUACUGGCAUCGGGAGAGAUUCUAACGUUGAGUUUCCCGAGUGGUUAUCCUAUUUCGCCAACAAACCAACUUCACCCAUCCGUAUCAUUUGCUCACCCAUUCGCAACUAAAUUCGGGAUUACCGUGCUCGAUCGAGGAAGAUGGCUUGGAAUGGUUGAAAAUAGGCAUCAGGGCGAACCAUUAUUAAAAGGAGGCGCCGAGGCCCCACGGCCACGCCGACGUUUUGAGGGGCGGACUGUCAUUCAGGUUGCCCAUGCGGAUAGCACAGUAAGAAUAUGGGACGUGGGCCACGGUGAUGAGAUUGAAAACUCAACCCAGCUUCAAGUCGACGUUGCCAGGGCUCUUGACCGUUACGAGGAUGUAGAGAUUACGGCUAUGACUAUGGCUCCUACCACCGGCGAAUUCGCUGUUGGUACAAGCAAGGGAGAAGUUAUCAUCUACCGAUGGGGCGGUAAUUCGUACUUUGGAAAGCCCCCUGAUCAACGUGUUGAAUCGAACCCUGGUGGUAUUUCUAAUAUUAGCACGAGAGCCGAACCAUCUCUCAAGAGCGGGCUUCAGCCCCUAUCAUUAUACGAAAUGAUGCAAGGCCCAAUUAGCGCCAUAAAAGCUUCAGAUGCAGGCUUCCUUGCCGUUGGAGGUGAAAAUGGCUUUAUAAGUAUUAUUGACCUUCGAGGGCCUACGGUCAUCUUUCAGGCGCCAAUGACCGACUUUGUUAAACGCGACAAACGAUCUUCGUUUUUUAAGAGUCGAUCUAGCGCACCAGCUCCCAAAGAAUGGCCCGUGGUACUUGAAUUUGGUGUAAUGACUCUCGACGAGGACAAAUAUUCGAGCAUAUGUUGCUUUGUUGGCACAAAUUUGGGGAAGGUCAUUACUUUCAAGAUUCUACCAUCUGGUGGUGGCUAUACAGCUACGUUAGCUGGUGUGGCACAUCUAGAUGAUAAAGUUGUGUCUAUAUGCCCUAUAGUCGCUGCGGAUGGAAAGCCCGCUCUGGCUACUGGCCAGGCUGUCGCCGGGCUGAGGGAGGGAAAACAUGUCAACGGCUUACUUGUAGUCGUCACACAGAGCGAAGUUCGUAUCUUCAAGCCGGCCACGGCUAAAGGAGCUUCAAAAUCAUUUGACGACUAUCUUUGCAAUGCAGCUACGGUCGCCGAAUUUGAAUUGCACGGAAUGGCCUUGGUCGGCGUAUUUGGGGACCUGAGGGCUAGAGCUUUUAGCUUACCAGGACUCAAGGAAAUUGGAAGCCAUCCACUUCCAAUGAUGGAUGGUAGCCGGUCUGAAGAUGCCAUAGUGACAGGGGAUGGCGAUAUAUUCUGCUGGACAGGUCCGUCUGAAAUCGCAUCCCUUCAUAUGUGGGGUACUGGCUUGCCAUUAGAGAAUACGGCCGACAAGCUCAUUAAUCCUAACCUCCAAGUACCCCCAAGGCCAACUAUUUCAAACGUGCAAUGGAUCUCAGGUACACAAUACGUCACACCGGCAGAUCUUGACCUGUUAAUAGGUGGUCCUGAUCGGCCUCCCAGUAAGCGCACGAACGCUUCGACGGCAGCAAUUGAACGAGAGCUAGCAACAGGGCCUAAUUCCGGAUCUGGUAGCCAGGAGGGCUGGGGUGAAUAUCUUACCCGACAGCUUAACGAGCGAACAGAGAAAUUAAAUCUAAUGAACGACAGUUUGGAUUCCGCCGCGGAUUCCAGUCAGAGAUGGGCUGACGAUAUUAGCAAGUACGUCAACCAACAGAAGAGGAAGAUGAUUUUUGGUAGCGUUGUGGGGAAGUUCUAGGUCGCAUGCUUCUACUUCUAUAUCCAGCGCUUGAGUUUCGUGUUUGAGACAUUAGAUAUACUGGAGUUACGGGAGUGAGCCGGUAAAGGUAUUCCUAAGAUCAUCAGCGACGCAUAGACUUUAAGGGUCCAAUGCCACUACGGCUACUUUAUCGCGUCUUGUCAAAGCAUUAUAGUUCCCUUAAAGAAAGGGCCAAAUUGGAGAGGCGGCUUACGCCGUUAAGAUACUUUUCUGACUUUACCCCUAGACGGUAGAUAUCCUGCAUUCUGCC